CCGCCACUGUCGUAGCAACUCUGCUGCUUCUUGCUGCCUUCUCUCGCCCACCCAAAAGAAAGAAAACACAUCCAGUUCCAUCGCCGUCGCCGCCGGUCCGAGACGACGAUGAUCCUCUCGGCCUUCCUGCUGCUCUGCUGUGCCGUCGCCACCUGGGCGGCGUCCCCGGCCGCCAAGGCCGCACACGAAAGCCAAAUGCCAUCAACAUCUGAAAGGGGAGCCGAUGCAGAUCGUCAAGCUUAUGGCACCUUGGACCAGGUGAAUGCGGCUCUUCAGCGGGUGGGGCUCGAGUCGUCCAACCUCAUCAUCGGGGUGGAUUUCACCAAGAGCAACCAGUGGACAGGGAAGCGCUGCUUCGCCGGGAGGAGCCUGCACGACCUCGCCGCCGGCCCGAACCCGUACGAGGAGGCCAUCGGCAUCGUCGGCAAGACGCUGUCCGCCUACGACGAGGACAACGCCAUCCCCUGCUUCGGCUUCGGGGACAGUAAGUCGCUCUGGAAUGGUGUCCCUCCGGUGGUGAACUGCCUUACGAUCGACUUAACUGGUGGUGAUCUCAUUCGUCUGCCUGCCUGCCUGCCAGCGUCCACGCACGACCAGGGCGUCUUCAGCUUCUACGGGGACGGGCGGCCGUGCGCCGGCUUCCCGGAGGCGCUGCGGCGGUACCGGGAGAUUGCCGCCGCCGUCCACCUCUCCGGGCCGACGUCUCUGGCCCCGAUCAUAGAGGCUGCAAUGGGGAUAGUCCAGCGCUCUGGACAUCAGUACCACAUCCUGCUGAUAAUCGCUGAUGGGCAGGUUCCGAGAGGUUCCAGUGCUCAUCGCGCAAGCUACCCGGACGAAUCAAGAUCAGAGAACUACAUGGAGGAGAGGACUCUUCAGGCCCUCAUACAGGCCAGCCAUUUCCCACUCUCCAUCGUCCUCAUCGGGGUCGGGGACGGGCCAUGGGGCGACGAUCAGAUGCGGUUCCACGACGACCGACGUCGAUUUGAUAACUUCCAGUUUGUAGAUUUCACCAAGAUCAUGUCGGCGGAGAUGUCCCGUGCCGAGAAGGAGGAGCGGUUCGGGCUCGAGGCGCUGGGGAAGAUACCGAGCCAGUACGCUGCGAUCAUCGGCCAACGGAUCAGUGAUCUGGCUGCGAGGGCGCCUGCGAGGACUCCUAUUCCUCCUCCUUCCUGAACCACCGGGAUGAAAGUUAUUUUCGCCGUCGGUUUCGCUGCACAGGCAGGUUCAUGAUAUGGUCACAUUGUUGGAGGAUGAAGUUAGCCAUUUUAGUUUCCAUCCCCUGUGUGUGUGCUUGUACACUUCAGAGCAACUCGAUUUCUUCCAGCGAAACACCUCCUGUUUAUUUGUACUCUUUGAUAAUAGAUUCUAGAUAAAACUACUCUACAUCCUUAUUCACAGAGUUGCAAAGUCUUCUUGUCUACCAGAAAUGCAUAUAUUUUGCCUGUGUAAUCCACCUAAAUCAGCAAAAAGCGAAUUGUGGUGGUCAUAUAAAGGAAUCCAGGGGAAAGUGGUAGAUAUGUGGAAACUGAGACGAUUUUCCCAAAGAAUGAAAUAUCUUCACUAUAUCCCGAGUCGGUAACUUUUCUCUACAAUUACACACCGCCGUCAAACACCCUCGUGAGUCUGCACACUACAAACACGCACGGACAAAUUUGCCAAACAUCUACAGGAAGAACCCAAGCUAAAAAAAAAACUAAUGUUCUCUUUGCUUUUUCUUUUGUCGAAACAAAG